GACCGACGGUCGUCGAAUACGCCGAAUAAUAUCCGCGUCGCUUCGAUAACAUAUUAUUACUAUACCGACGAUAUCGCAGUAUUAAUUAUUAAACUAACCCAAGAAAUUUCUGUUACCGUGCACGUCGUAUCAUAAUAUUAUCAAACGUCCGAUAUAUCGCAGUUGUCAUCUGUUCGAUAUUAUAUUAUUAUAAACGAACUUUUAUAAAAAAUAAACCAUAGGGCCGAAUGAUAUCGUGACCCGCUAACGAACACCGACCGUCGACGACUGACAUCUCACCCGCUCCCUGUAGCAGUGAUACGAUCCCGGAACCCUUCGCACGACGUCUGCACCCACAACAGGUCGCGGCGGUUAUUAUGGAUCUCACAUACUUGGUCGUUACCGUAUUCGGAAUGUGCGUCUUGCGGCCGUGCAGUUCGCUGCCUGUAGCCGCCACCGCCGCCGCUGCUCCUACGCCUACCCCGUCGUCACCGCCGUCGCUGCAGGUCGCCGCCGCUGUACCGGCCAACCACAAUGACAAAAGGUCCAGGUCGCUGUUCCAGUCACCGCCGCAGGCUCCGCAUCAGUACCAUCUCCACGCCGGCGGCGCGGUCGAUCUGUACGACGACGUGAUGGACGACUUACCGUAUUACUUGCAACACCAACACCAACAGCAACCGCACCAGCACCAGCACCAGCAACAGCAACAGCUGUCGCUGCAGGAUCCGACCGACGAGGACGAGCUGAGGACCGUCGACGACAGCAACGCCGUCGAUCAGGAUAUGCGGCUAUCGAGCCGGGCGCGACCCGCCAAGCCCGACUCGCCCGUGUACUUUAUCCGGUUACCACCGCAACCGUACAUGUACGUGCCCGGUUACGGUUACGUCAGCCAACCAACCCGGUUGGAACCACCGCCGUUCACGCAGCGGCCGCACUCGCCGUUCCUGAACCUACCACUGAGUUACGUGUCCAACGCUAAGCCCGUGGGAAUAUACACGCUGCCCCAACAGCACCACAACCAGUACCAGCACCAACAGCAGCAGCAGCAUUUGCCGGGCAAGCCGCAGAAACCGAACAGACGUCCGCAACCGUCGUCCACGCCAUCGCCACCACCCCCGCCGCCGCCACCGCAGCAACAGCAACCGGACUCGCCGAUCUACCAUCUAGACAAAGGCCCGUACGUGUUCAACGGCCGCCCGACAGACGUGUUCCUGUUGCAGAGCGCAUACGACAAUUUGUACUCCGAAGUGCUACAAAACAUUUACCCGUAAACGACCGUCACGCAAUUUAUUAUAGACAAUAGACACAAUAUUAUUAUAUAAUAUUUUGUAAUUUAUUAUUAUUUUUAUCAUAACUUAUAAUUAUUAUUUUUAAUUAUCAAUCACGACGCCGACCGUCGUCGUGAUCACCAAAAAAGACUAUCCGUUCGCGUGAUCUUACGAAUCAAAAAAAUAAAAUAAUAUAUUAAUUAUUUAUCUUAUAAGAGAUGCGGACGUGACCGCUGAUGUAAAUAUACGUACUCGAAUGACAACGCGUAUUAUAUUAUAUUUAUUAUUAUUAUUAUCUUACAUAUUAUUAUGUAUUGUUAUUAUAUAUUUAUU